CAGUGAGGUUAUAAUUAAUAAAUAAUAAUAUUUCACAGUCGUGUCUCAAAAAUAGACCAGUGAAAGAUUAAGUACUGGGAACCAUUGUGUACACAGUAACUGUAUAUCUCCUGGAUAGAAUUGUUGAUAAAGAGAGAUAUAUGGUUCAUAUAAACAAGAAGAACAAAACGCAAUUAAAUUGAAUUUGAGGUUAAAGAUAUUUAAUGUAUUUAAUUUGAAUAUAAUUUGAUAUCUAAAUAAAAAUAUGAACACAUUACGCCAUAUUUUUUAUAAAUAUCCAGUAAUAUCCAAUGUGCAUCGAACAUUUUGUGCGAUUUCUAUUAAAAAUAACCCAGGUGAAGAGCCAGAUAAAUUGUAUAAAUUUGUAGAACUAGAAUUAAAAGGAAAUGAUCCAGCAGUUUUAAAAAGUUUCUGUAAAUUCGCCGUGACUACAGGAAAUCAUUUAGAUAUACCAGUAAAAUCAUGGAAUUUACGUAAACCAAACCAUGAAAGAUACACAGUGUUAAAAUCAGUACAUAUUUAUAAAAAACAUAGAGUGCAAUACGAACACAGAACUUAUUACUCAUUCGUACAGUAUAAGCAUUUAACAGGAUCAACAGCAGAUACGGUAUUGGAAUACAUAGAAAGAAAUUUACCUGAAGGGGUCGCAUUAAAAGCUACAAAAGUUGAAAUCCAGCCAAUACCUGAAUUUUUAAUACCACCUGAAACGUUCAAAGAAAGCCCAAAGUCUGCUUAAUAUAGUUAAAUAAUUUAAAAUUAUUUAUAUUAGUAUUAUAGAAAUUUAAUAAAACAUUUAACAA